AUUAAAUAUCCAUAAUAAGCAAAUCCACGGAGACAGAAAGCAGAAUGAUGGUGGCCAGGGGCUGGAGGAAGAAGGGAAUGGGAGUGAGCACCUAAUGAGUGUGGGGUUCUUUGGGGUGAUGCAAAUUUUCGGAGCUAGAUAGAGGGGCUGGUUGCACAACAAUAUGAAUGACCAGACACCACUGAAUCGUAUCCUUUAAAAGAGUUAAUAUUGUUAUGGGAAUUUCACCUUGAUUAAAUUUAUAUACCUAAUUCCCUCCAGCCAACAUACCUUUGGCCCUAAAGCCCACAAAAUGUAGACCCAGCUGCAGGUGGCUCUGCCAUCUGUGCAGUGUGGCUUGCGUGAGACAGGUAACCUCUCUGGGCCUCACAGAGGAAAAGGAAGCCCAUCCUUCCUCCCCACAGGGGUGCCUCAGGGAUCAAAUGGCUAACUGAGCGAAAGUGCUCUGAGAAGCAGGAAGGCCCGCUGACACAAGGUGGUCACCAACAACACAAAUCCACGGGCUUCGAGCCUCACCCUAUGGCCUGCGGGGGGCGGGGAAGCCCAGUAACACUCUCUGUGUGUCUCUCUGUCUCUCUGUCUCUCUGCCACACUCGGCCACACUUCACAAGGAGAAGUACCAUGCAGUGGGAGGGGAAGGACGCUGUUCUCCUGCGCACCCAGGAGUCCCCCUGAAGCUGACACAGCCCCCUCCGCCACCCCACAUCCAGUCUUUCCUCUCCCUCCUCACCUCAGAUGGCAAAGAGCGGCUGGGCAGAAGGGCAGCAGGUGCGUGUGAGCCAGCAGGGGAAGGGCCAGGGCGGUUACAAGUCUGACUGAUUUUCACAUUUAUUUUAGCCCUCCCACCCCCAUCCUUUUCUGCUUCAGUAGGAAUCAAGACAGACAAGGGAGACUGGGAUUCCAAGCAGAUUUAGAGCGUGGAAAACACAUGCGUGUGUAAAACGUGUACCACAGGCCAGCCCUGUGCUAAGCAUUUUGCCUUGAUGGCUCAUUUAAUUCUCACAACACCCCGAUAGUAAAUACUAUUACUGUCCCAUUUUGAAUUUUGCAGAGGAGAGAAGUGAGGCUGAAAGAGGUAAACUCGCACAGCUAGAGUGAGGAGUCUGGGUUUUAACGCUUGCAGCCUGACUCCUUCCUGCCACAGUGGGUCUUUUGCUGUGACUUCCCCUCUAACUGGAUUGGGGGAAGGCAGGAAAAACCCUGACCCUCUCCCACCGAGCUUCAGCCAGUGAUACUGCUUCCUGGAUGAGAAGGGCGGCCCCAAAGCCCGCAGCAAGGCCGGCGCCACGGCCACCAUCCCUCCAGACUCCUCACAGCUCUGCAGCAGCCCAGACCCGCUGGCCCUCCAGGACUGGAGGUGCUCCCGACAGAAAGUCAGGUUAGUGUCGUCCUCCCAGGGAAGAAGGGAAUCAGGGCUUGGAGACAACUGGCUUUCCUGCCUGUUCCACAGAUGUUCUCAGGGAUGAAUUCGGGGUGGGGGUGGGGUGGUGAGAGUGUGUGUGUGUGCGUGCAAGUGUCCCACAUCCAUAGCCCAAAUGGCAAGAUGGAGCAAGAGCCCCUCAGCAGGCCCGUGUGAAAGGGCCAAGGGGGGAAGCGCCAGGAGAGGAAUGAAUGUUGGAGCCCACCUGGCACUUGGGAGUGGAUGGGACUGGCCAGCUGGGAAGAAAUCUGGUUGGACACAAACAGUUCUGGUCUUUCCCAUCACUGAGGCCCCUUAACAAGGCAUCUCUGCUCUUGCGUCAAAGCUGACAAGGGAGUUGUUUACUAUUUAUCCACAGUUCGAGGGCUAAGCUUCCCUUCUUGCCUCUCCACACCAAGAAUCUUUCCCCAAAGCCUCAUGGCCCCUGUGGCCCGCUGCUUUGGGGACAUAAGGCUGCUUUAGAGGUCUCGUUUUUCUUCCAACCCUCUCUUCUCCCCAUUAGGCGUUUGCUGGUCCUGAUGUCAGUCAUGCCCAGCGUGGGGCCAGGCCCCUCUGAGGGCUUCACCACCGCGCCCACCAGCGACCUUGAAGAGAUCCACAAUUGGAACGAACUGCUCCACUUCUUCAACCACACUCUGCCCGAGUGCGAAAUGGAGCUUGACGAGAACACCAAGCGAGUGGUCCUCUUUGUCCUCUACCUGGCCAUCUUCGUGGUUGGGCUGGUGGAGAACAUCCUGGUGAUAUGUGUCAACUGGCGCUGCUCGGGCCAGGCGGGGCUGCUGAGCCUCUACAUCCUUAACAUGGCCGUAGCAGACCUGGGCAUCGUCCUGUCUCUGCCCGUGUGGAUGCUGGAGGUCACACUGGACUACACCUGGCUCUGGGGCAACUUCUUCUGCCGCUUCACUCACUACUUCUACUUUACCAACAUGUACAGCAGCAUCUUCUUCCUGGUGUGCCUCAGUGUUGACCGCUACGUCACCCUCACCAACUCCUCUCCCUCCUGGCAGCGCCACCAGCAUAAAGUGAGGCGGGCAGUGUGUGCAGGCGUCUGGGUCCUCUCGGCCAUCAUCCCACUACCCGAGGUGGUCCACAUCCAGCUGGUGGAGAGCUCUGAGCCCAUGUGCCUCUUCCUGGCACCCUUUGAAACAUACAGCACGUGGGCCCUGGCGGUGGCCUUGUCAAGCACUGUCCUGGGCUUCCUGCUGCCCUUCCCUCUCAUCGCAGUCUUCAAUGUGCUGAUGGCCUGCCGGCUUCAGAAGGCAGGAUGGCCGGAGGGCCGACGCCACUGCCUGCUGGUGUGUGCCUACGUAGCUGUCUUUGUCAUCUGCUGGCUGCCCUACCACGUGACCCUGCUGCUGCUCACACUGCAUGGGACCCACGUCUCCCUCCACUGCUACCUGACCCACCUGCUCUACUUCUUCUAUGACAUCAUUGAUUGCUUCUCCAUGCUCCACUGUGUCGUCAACCCCAUCCUUUACAACUUUCUCAGCCCAAGCUUCCGGGGCCGGUUGCUGAAUGCUGUGGUCCAUUACCUCCCCAAGGUCCAGGCCAGGGAGGGCAGACACGCUUCCUCUUCCUCCUCCUCCACUCAGCACUCCAUCGUCAUCACCAAGGAGGACAUGCAGCCCACUGCAGCAGGCCACCCUAACCUGAACUUCCAGGCACCAAAUACCUCAUCCAUCCCUGCUCCUCGAACUCUACAGCCAGCUGAGGCAGAUUCCAGCCGCCUCCAUCAGUGAAUUAAAAACUGGAGGUGUAGAUCAGAGGAAAAUAUCGAGACACCUAUUCUGGGAGCAGACCUUGGGACAGCCAGCAGCAGGCACUGACAGAUGGUGUCCACGAGCUUUUGUCCCCUGCGAGAACUAAGUCAGCUCUUCUCACCCUUAGACUUCCUCCUCCCUGGCCAAAUCUUUCCAUAACUUUCCUGUCUGGCAACUUACUUCUGUUAACACUUGUCCUAUAGAUAGGAAAAGAAGACCUCUUGUUAACUAGUAGGUCUUCUGGAAAAGGUCAUUUAUCAGUUUGGGAAACCGGGAUCGUGUCCAUGAAGACCUCUGACUGAAGUAAAAUCCUAAGAACUGGUCCCAGUCCACCAGUUCCAAGUCCUUGGCCUCUUAAUCCUGCCUGUGGAGAGGGAAAGGCUUGUGGACAUAAACACUGAGGGCCUCUGGCCUGCUCACGUGCUCUGGACGGCUGCAGUGUCUAACCUGGAGCAACCACACACUGACCUGGAGCCUGUCUCCUCUGCUCUUAGAACCUACCAGGAUAUCCGUUCAGCAGGUGCAUUAAACAUGCACUCCCACCGUGUCUGCACCCGUUUGUCAGGAGCACGGAGGGAAAUCUGUAUCCAUAAUCCCCCCGCCCACUGGGCCCAAACCUGAAAGGGGCUUAAGCUACACACAGCCACUCGGUGGCAGAGCGGAGGGCCUCUCACCCAGGAGAGUGCAGGUGGGAACUGGGGGUGGCAGCAAGGGCUUAACCCACAAGGUAGAAAAUGCAUUAAAGACUUUCCGUCCUUGUGUCCACAUAAAAACCAAGCCAAGACCUGAUGCCCAUAUCACUGCCUCCUCUGACUCAGGCUCCAGAAGUUUCCUAAAGGAAGUCCAAUUUUAUACCUCUGGCUCAUCCCAGGUUACCUCAGAGGCCACUUCCCCAAGAUCCUGCUCGCCUCACGGAUUUCACUCUGGUGACCAGUUAUCGCCCUGGUGGCGCGAACGCUUCCUUAGGGCCUUGGGAGGAGAGAGAACUGUCUGCGCUAACUGCAGCACGGCUGCCCAGCCAGCAUUCACUGAGCACCGACGGGGGCCGAACCACCCCUCAUUACUAGAGGUCUGUCUCCCCUGUGGGGGUACAUGUUGCCAACCUCAUGAGUCUGCUUCUCUCCUCUCCAACGUACCACAUCACAGUCAAUUAAAUGGCAUUGGCAAGACAAUUUGUGGCCAACUCUCUAGUCUAACUAGACAUUAGCAGAGUCCCACUGCUCUCUUUGGGCCAACAGAUCGCCUCAGGGAUGUUUCCCCUGAAAGGUUGGGUCAGACAUAUUUCCCACUAAAAACAUGUCAACCUGGGGAAUUCCAGCUCCAGGAAAGGAAAACAUGCUGAUAGAACUCUGGCAUCUGCUGAGAGAAUGCUGCUUCUGGAAGGGCGACAGCCCCGAGGCUCUGAGCGCGAGGGACGAGCAUGUGACAGUAAAUAGGAAAAGAAUUCCCUCCCAUUUCAAAUGUCCUUUUUUUAUUCUAAAUAAAAACCACACUUUGUGCUGAACAAUGGAAUAUAAAAGAAUCAGAUGUACAACGAUUUAAACAUCUACUAUUUGGGAAAAAAAGUUUA